AACAACAAAAAUACAUAGUUAUUUUCUUCUAAAAGUGGGUAAAAUAUAUUAUGGAAACAAUGGUUCCAAGAACCAACAAAAUAUUGUUCUAUUCUUUGCUUUUCUUCACAAGUGCAUUCAUUGCAACAUGUCAUGAAGUUGAUGAUGAAAGUGAAUUUAGUUAUGACAACAAAAGUGAGAAUGGACCAACACAUUGGGGUGAAAUUCAUCCAGAAUGGAAAAUAUGUAAUACUGGAAAAUUGCAAUCUCCAAUUGAUCUUUUAAAUGAAAGAGUUGAAAUUGUUUCUAAUUUGGGAAGACUUCAUAAAAGCUAUAAAUCAUCAUCCUAUGCUACUCUUUUGAAUAGAGGACAUGAUAUGAUGUUAAGAUGGGAAGGUGGAGCUGGACAUAUUAAAACAAAUGGAACAAAAUAUCAACUCAAUCAAGCUCAUUGGCAUUCACCUUCCGAACAUACUAUCAAUGGAAGAAGAUUUGAUUUGGAGAUUCAUUUGGUACAUGAAAGUGAAGAUGGGAAAACUGCAGUUGUUGGAAUAAUGUAUAAGAUUGGAAGAGCUGAUAACUUUUUGUCUAUGAUUGAGAGUGAUUUAAAAGCUCUAGCACAUGUCAAAGAUGUGGAGAAAAAGAUUGGAAUAAUUGAUCCAAAAAAAGUGAAAUUUGGUAGCAGAAAAUAUUAUAGAUAUAUUGGCUCAUUGACUGUUCCUCCUUGCACUCAAGAUGUUAUUUGGACUAUUGUGAGAAAGGUGAGGACUAUUACAAGAGAACAAAUGAAGCUGAUUCGCGAGGCGGUUCAUGAUGAUUCUGAAACAAAUUCAAGACCAGUUCAAGCAACAAACAAACGAACGAUCCAGCUCUAUAGACCAAAUGAUCCUAAAGAAUAAUUGAAAUUAUUCUGCGAUAUAAUUUUGAAAAUAAAAUAUAAAUUUAUAUAAUUCUAGUUAUAAUUAUAAUGACGACUUUGGUUAUAGUACAAAAAACGAGCUCAAUAUAUGAGCUAGAAAUGGCCUUUAUUUAUUUUUUCAUAACAUGAUUGGAAUUAUUUCCAUUUUAUAGUAUAUUUCUUUUGAUGUAUUAUAUAUUGAUCAUUAAAAUAUUAAAUUUAUUUUUAUCAAAAUAAUUGAAGGCAUUUAGUUCUUUGUA